AUGAACCCAGUCAACAACAACCAAAAAAGCAUAAAUAGAUGGGAUUUCCCGUUCCUGCAAGCUGUCUACCCCAUCAUCUACAAGUAUCGAGGACUCCAGACAGUCAAAAUGAGCUCGAAUAGAUACCCAGGCAACGAAGAGGUGAGCAGGAUGAACUACGAAAAGCGAUUCGUCACCGCAUGCGCCAGCUUCAAGUCCAGUCUAUACGAGGAGCUUCGAAUGCUGAGUCUCGGAGACGGUCACCGCUCCGAGAUCAUCCCACGCCUCCACAAACUGGUGAGGCUGCUGGAGGCCAUCUUUGUCCUAGGUGAGAAGAUGGCACAGACACGCCCGAAUUGUCGCACUGUCCGCAAUAGGCCUGCAGACCACUUCUUUGCCCAGUUCGAGGACCUGUGCCACGACCGCAUUAUGGCACCUCUGACACAAGCCAUUGCUGAACUUGAAGCUGAUGAGUUGUCGCCAGAAGCAAAGGCGAGCGUUGACUUUUGUGUAGCUUCGGAUUUGGAUGAUAUUCGUCCGAGUACUAUCUUGCUCUCUAGUGAGCCGCUGCCUCUGGAUAUGGCCUGCUUUCAUUUCGUCAAGAGGGGCCAAAAAUCGCCCGAUGCUGCACGGGCCCCUCCAGAUGAGCCCAAUCACCAGGAUGUCGCUCUCACUCCGCAAGAUCUAGCCCCGUUGCUUAUCCCAAAGCCCAACACCAUGUCUCUACAAGCAGGGGCAGGUAGUCAGCCGCCAUGCCACCAAACCACCGCAAUCCGACUGCUAGCCGACUCCCUGUAUGAGUCGACGCGCGGGUCAAUGGCCCUAACGAACCAGGCCCAAAACGAGCUUGGCCUCCUUCUGGCCGUACUAAGCGCGACCGAGACAUAUACUUCCUCUCUAGGUGCAGAGUGCGUCCAUCUCGCAGUCUUGAAAAAAAGAUUGCACAGCUGCCAUGUCGUCCUACUUGAAUUGCAGAAGCUGCUGCUACAUCCAGAUGCACUCGGGGCUCAGAGUCAGGUUUCUGACAUUCGCGCGCGUAUCUCGUCGGCUGUUUUUGGGCUUACCGAGGUGAAUUUGAAUAUGAUGAUAUCAUCACAGAAGAUUAUUGAGCGCGCCCUGAAGUGUCUUGUCAAUGAUGUCCGUGCUGGCAAGAGCGAGACUUUGGUUGUUUCUCAUGUUUUGAAGGAUUCUUCGAUGCUUGAGGAAGACGGAGUCUGGACUCGGCUGCAGGGCGACUUGGUCGAUACUGGUAUCGCUUCAGAUUUGUUGACUCUGAACCGUGACUUCGUUAUAUCAACUCUUCAGAAGAUAGCAGAGACAGAUGGCCUACUAUCUAUUAACAAGGAAAACACGGCUCCGGUGGAGGAAGUCGCUGAAUCUACGGCACCAGCACCAACCCCGGAAUUGAAACGCCAAAGAAGCCUAGACGGCAAGGACCGCCUAGCAGACGAACCAACUGGACUUCCAUUUCUUCCGCUGCCGCCCAAAGGCUUCUCAUUUUCAGAUAGGCACAGCUCAUAUUCAAGCCAAGAGCAGCCCUAUCCAGAAAAAGAGAAAAUACAAGAAGAAAACUUCCCAAUACCAGUGAUAUUGGACGUGCAAGAUUGCACAGAUACACAGAAACAAGCGCUCCCAAACGAAGAUUUCCCCAUCCCAGUUCUCACAGAGAACAAACCACAACAAAACGAUACGGACGUCCCAAUACCAGUGACGGUAGCUGCGGAGCGCAAGCCGCCAAAACCCUCACUAGACCUCCACGCCUUCAAAGUCUCAACACACUCAAAAAAGCCCCACCGAAUGAGCCGCAUUCUAUGGGAAAUGACCAGCUCAAAAACACCCUUCAUAGUUGCCAUCAAAGCCAACCAACACCAAACCCUCCAAACCCUCCUCUCCAAAGGGGCGGACGCCAACGCCCAAAAGCCCGACGGCACAACAGCUCUAAUGGCCGCCGUCUCCUUCGGCCACGAAGCCACAACCCGCCUCCUACUAGAAUACGGCGCGGACAUGGAAGCACGCACGGUGGAAGGCGAGACAGCGCUCGGGGUAGCCGCAGCAUACGGCUUCGACCGCAUCGUGCGGAUGCUAAUUGCCUCAGGCGCGAAUAUCAAUGCGGGUAAGUGGACGGGCAAGACAGCGCUCUCGCAGUCUGCCGCGUACGGACAAGACCAGAUUGUGGAGAUGUUGCUUGACUGCGGGGCGGAUAUUGAUGCUGUUAAUAAUACGGGGGAGACGGCUUUGGCGCUGGCGGCGUUGAAUGGGAAUAUGAAGGUUGCCAGGCUGUUGCUUGAUCGAGGUGCGGCUGUUGAUCUUAUGCGGUAUCCUUGGCAGACGCCGUUAUAUAAGGCUGUUCAAUCGAAUGCUCUGGAGAUGGUUAGGCUUUUGAUGGAGCGUGGGGCGGAUCCGUUUGUUAAGGGGGGGAUUGGUCGGAUGGAGACAGUUUUGGCUUAUGCGGAGAAAAUGCAAAGGAGUGAGAUCUUGGGGGCUUUUGCGCAGUAUGGGUAUCAUCCUGGGGCAGGACCGGUUCGGUAUCAGUAUUUCUGA